AUGGAUGCCUCCAAGAUUACUAGUAAAACAAGCUCUUUGAAAGCACUGAUUCUUAAAGCCUGGCGUGAGCGAUGGACAGACAUCCAAUGGGGUAUCAACAUUAAAACGAUCCUGCCUAGAGGCGUAAGUGGUGAUCUUUAUAACCUCGCUGAUUGUAUUCUCCAACAAGCCAUGGUUGGAUGUGGUGCAAACCAAUUAGUGAUAUCAUAUUUGAAACACUCUUUGGCUUCACAUCUAGUCUCCUAUGCCGCAGUACUUCAAAGAAUCGCCAAGUUCGAUGCAUUUCAUAAACCUCAUUGCAUUAUUGCACUAUUAGAAUUUCUAGAAGGGUUUCUCGACAGCAUAACAUGUAGAGGCAAAAUGGAAGAAGAAGUGUUAGCUUUCUCUGUGUUUUCGAUUAUUCUAUGGCUUCUUCAAGUUUAUCAUUAUUCUCUUACUAAAUAUCCUUCAUCUAAUCCUAUUCAGAGCCAAGAAAUUUUAGAGAAAUCCACCUCGGUUCUUAAUUCAAUUGUCAAUACCGAUUUUCUACUAGCAAUGUUUUACUUUGCAAAACAGAAUGACCCUGAUGAGUACAAUGAGAUCACAAAGAAAUGUCAAGAGAUCACCGCAUUCAUGAUGAUGAAUACACAAUUCAAAGCACCCGUUACGAUUCAUGAAACAUUGCAGAGAAUAUGUAAUAUGGACAUUGAUAAAAUUGCUCCAUUGAAUAAUAAACCAGAGACAAUAACACAUUGUUUGCAGGCUCUUGUAGCAAUAAAUGUGCUGGCUCAUCCUAGUGCUGAUCUGCAGCAGUUGUCAAAUCAGUUAUUGAUGGUGCAAAGAAUUAAGGGAUACCCAUUGUCUAGACUUUAUUGUGAACUAAUCAGGGCAUGUUUUAUUUCAUUAAAUGACUCGAGUAAAGAUGCAAUAAAACAGGCACUGUGGGCAGCUUUUACUUUCCUUAAAAUUCCUCAAGUUAUGCAUUACCUUCAUAAUAUGUGUGGGACUACUAAUAAAGAAAAUGAAUAUUCCAUUGAACUUGUUGAAGCUUUUGAAUUGCUGUUGCAAUCCACACCACUAUUAGACAUUGUCGACACUAAGAAUUCUUGUAACAGUGUGGUAUCAUUGAUAGAACCUUUGGUAAAAUUGAAUGUUUUGUCUGAAAGUCAUUUGUCAUACUUUAGCCAAAAACGUGAAAGCAAAGAUGUAAAGCUACAGAAAUUAGAACCAACAGGUCUACAAGGUUCUGUACCCAGCUUCAUUACUCGAGCUGAACCUACAUUGACUGGUAUCUUAAAAACUAUGGGAGGUGACUUUUAUAAAACGCAAGAAUCUCUUUAUACUAUGCUGUGUCAAAUAGUAGGAGGAGCAACACUUGACACAAUAUUAGCAGUAGCUACAGUUGAAGGAAAAUUGAAAUUAUUAGUAUCAAGGCUUAUUAAAUUCAAUGAAUUUGCUCUUCUUUCUGCAACUGAAAAAGGUGCGUCGCAAUCUAAAGUUUAUAUUUUUGAUAUUUCAUUCCUGAUUUUAUGCUCAAUAGUGCAAGACUAUGGUGCUGAUGCUGUUUUAGAAGAAAAUGGUGAAUCAUUUUUUGAAAACUGGGUUAGAGAAUGUAUGCCUUGUAAGGGAAUAUAUAAAUCACCAGAUCAAAUAUCACAAAAAUGUGAUUCACAAAUGGUAGAUAUUUUAAUUCAUCAUCUUAGUGCACCAGACUUUGACUUUAAGAAUACAAAUAUGAAACCACAUGAUCUUGCUUUGAAUGUCAGUGGGGCAGUAAAGGAGAUAUUAUUUGCAUGGGAACAAGGAUCACUCACUGCUGCAGAUGUAAAACGUAUGUUAGAUUCAUUAAGGCAGAAAAUGGCCUCAUUGGCUGUCUGUGCAUCAGUUUGGUUAUGUUCCUACAUCAAUGUUGUACAUCAAGAAGCAUUUUUGAAACCAAUAAACAUGGUUCAGCAAUUUUUGACACCUCCUACAGAAGUAGAGUUGACACAAAUAGAUAAUUUUAAGGAGAGAGCAAUAUUGAUGUGUCAGAUUAUAAGGAAAAUGCAAUAUGAAGUCCAUCCUGCUUCUGUACCAAAGACAAAAGCUGUCGCUCUAUCACACAGUAUUAUUUCUAAUCAACCAAUGCUAGAACAGCUUCAGGCUGUGUGGGGGGACAUCAAAUCCAGAGGAUAUCUUCAUAUAGAUGCUACUCACAUUGUUGACAGUAUCUUGAAUAUUACAGGUCCUGUCUGGUUUGUGACAUAUCUUAUCAAAGAAACACUAAAAUUCAGAUAUCAAGAUGACCUUGACAGAUCCGUUGAUGUAGUACUUGCAAUGUUACAUUUGGAUAUUGAGAAAUGUACUGAAGCUUUAUUAUUACAUGUUUUGCCUCAGUAUUUGUACAAUGCUAAACUAAGUGAAGAGCUAGUGGAACCUCAGUCAUCCAUAUUGGCGAAAUUGUCUGUGUAUUGCAUUUAUGCUGCUCUUGAACACAGUAAUUCUUAUAAUAAAGUUCAUAGUUCCCGUAAACGUCGACACGAUGAUGCCGAAGAUUUAGAUGCAAUGUGCUCUUCUAGUAAAGUGAGAAGACUGAAUGACAAUGCGUCUGAUAGCACUAGUAUCUAUUAUUCUCAAGGCCAAUCUAUUUCUGGGGUGGUAUUGAGAGAACCAUUGCAGUCUGCUUUAGAUACUCUGUAUAAAUCUUUUUCGCAAUUGGCUGGCAAAAAUGGUGAUGUUACACCACAGACUCAGUUUAUAUUAGAAUUUCUGGUGUAUAUAGUACAGUGUGGCCAUGACAGAGCUCAAGUGGUUUUGCAAAAAAUGCCCAGUGAGCUCGUGCCUACACUAAUAAAAGCUCUUCCUGAUAGUUUUAAUAUAGGGCUUAUACUUAGGCUUUAUGAUCUAACUACUGCAUAUGGCAGAAAAAAUACUGCAAGAGAUUUGUGCCUAUUAAGAAAUAUGCGUUUGAGACCUGAGGCGUGA